UCUCUCUCUGUAGACUCUGACGAGUGAGCAGACAAAAAAGCAAAAAAGCAACAAAAAAAGGAAAAGAAAUAAAAAAGACGGCAACUUUUUUUUUUUUUUUGGGUUCCUUCCGCACAUUUGUUUCUCAUCGGAGAUGGAGAUAGAGAGCUGAGGGAGAGGGAGAGGGAGAGGGAAAGCCAUGGAGGACGCGUGGCGGUCCAAAUGCAGCUCCACGUGGACUCCUCCCCCGUCGGAUCCUCCGCCGCCAUCGUCGACGCCUCCGCCGCCAGCGCCGCAGCAGUUUACUGCCUCGAUCUCGGCGAACCAGGUUCCGUCGACAAUUUCGUCAAAGGUGAACAAGAAUCCUCAUCAAAACUUUCAUCCUUUCGUUGUGCAAGGAACAAACCUCCGCCCUGCUGUUCAACAAUCACUAGUUUCUCAUACCUUGGACUUAGAUUUUGCGAAAUCGGGGAAGACUGAGUUGGGAAAUUCCUUUCUAGCUCUACUUUCUUCAAACCCUCAUCAUUUACCUAGUGAAUUUUCACAAUUACCCAAGCUCCGUGCACAUUCUGGUGGUGUUAUGGUCAGUAGUUCCAGUCCCGGUGCGCAAAUUACAAGCAUUCCUUCUCCAGCCCAUGUGAGUACGAGUGGUGGCCCGUGGACUUCGAAAGCUCCUUUGUUUGUUGACGCUAGACCAUCUUUGAUGCCCAAUUGCACCAGAAACCCUGCUUUAAACAGUAGUAGUCAAGUAGGAGCUAGACCAUUUUUGAUGCCCAAUUGCUCCAGAACUCCUUUAAGCAAUAGUAAUCAAGUAGAAACUUCUCAUGAUUAUGCUUUUCCCUCGAGUAAACCGGUUCAGGUUCAAGCAUUUGCUGAAAAACCAUCUGCUAGUGGCAAUUGGCCCAGUAAUACCAGGCCUAAAAUUACUGGCCAGCAUCAUCCCUUGAAUGCUCAUACAAAUCAGACCUCAUGUAGAAUGCCGAUAGAAGUUGGAUCUUCUGUUCCUAAUCAUGAUUCUGCCCGUUUCAGAGGGCGCCCACGUGUCAUUUGUGUGAACACAGUUGGAGAGCUGUUUCUUAGUGAGUUGGGGCUUCUAGGUGUUAUUUGCUUUUGUCAUAAUUUACGCAUGUCCGUGGCAAAAUUUUGUGAGCAUGCAGGCUCUUUAGCUAAUCCAGGAGAGGCCGUUCGGUUGGAGAAUGGAAUGACUGUUUCCCAGUGGCGCAAACUAUGCUUUGGGAAUAAUGCUCCAGAUGAUUGCCAAGGAUGGGAGUGGACAGAUGGUCCUUCAACAACAUAUGGUUUUAUUGGAUCUAGGGGUAGCACUAUGCCUAUGCCUCAGAAUCCUGGGAAAAUCGAUUCCUUUCAAACAUUUGUUGGGUUAGGGCAAUCUGGAGGUCCUUGGAAUGUAUAUAGUAAGCGAUCUCAUACAGGUGUUCAACAGGAUGCUAUAAAGCAACCAGAAAAUAAGGUGCCAAAUAGCAUGUAUCAAUGGAAUAGAUCAGAGGGAGAGGGCUUCCCGUGUACAUCAGAAAGCCGUCUGUCUGUUCUAGCCAAGGACCAGACUGUGCAUGCAAUUGAGCAAGGUCCUGAUUGCCUGAAUCCUAAGGCAUCACCUGCAACUCUGAACAAGGUGGAGAAAAAUGUUUGGUCCCAUCUGAUAACAAACAGUGACAAGUGCAAGGGAAAAUUGGAAACUGCAUCACCCUUUUAUCCAUGUUCAGAUGCCAAAUCUCUGAGUUCUGAAUUAAAUCGCAGUAGGAAUAACUUUGAAAAUGAAACACUUGUAGUAGCUAGGGAUGGCAAUCCUUCAAAUAUUGAUUUGCGUCUUGGACAGCCUUCUCAGGUCCAUACUUCUUUAAGUUAUUUAUCAGCUGCUGCGAAUCCUCUGCAGUAUGGUACAAUGUAUAAUCCUCAAAAGUCUCAAGUCAUACUUCCACUGGCAGAGAAAGCCAAUCUGUUAAAAGAGCAACCGAGGAUUGGUCUCUGGUGCACUUCAUAUGAAACAUCAAUUAGCAAUAUAGUGCAAUCCCAGCAUGCAGUUAAAAGUUCUAGUUAUUCUGAGCCCAAAGAGCUUCUGGAGAACGCAGCUAAAAAUUCACUGAUCUCAUUUCUUUCACACCUUAACACUGAAGGCACCAGUAAACCUCAGGUACCAACUAUUGUUAAUGACAACAAAUAUUCUAUGUUUGGCUCAGCUUCUGCUAAAUGCAACCUGCGUGAGCAUAUAAAUAACGUAAACGAUGGGAAACAAAGAAAUGAGAAUUCAGAUGGAUCGAAUUUUUACAAUAAUAUAGGUAAGCCACAACCAAGGUUAUCUGAAAAUGGGUCUUGUGACACAGAGAAAGUCAACCAUAUGGUCAACAACAAGCAGGCAGCUGACGCUAGAGUUCUUAUGCCAGCUACUUUUGGACAGCUUCUUAAUGGUGGUUCUUCAGUGGAUAGUAGGAAGUUUUUCCUGCAUUUCAAUCAGCAAUCCAGCACGUUGCAAACAGGACCUGACUCGAUGAACUUCAACUACGGAAAAUCCUCUUUUGGUAUGAAUGGAGACUGUUGUAGUCAUACUGCUAAUAACUAUGUGAAUCCAGUUUCUUAUGUGGCUGCCAGAUCCGGUCUUCUAAACUCAGGAACCGCACUGAAUGUCACUUCAGCAAACUCCUUGUAUAUUUCAGAAAAAAACUCUUCGCAGAUGCAUGCAAAGGUUAUUGACCAUAGCCAGCAUAUGACUGAUGAUAGUAUGAAAUAUUUGGCUUUGAGGCGCAUGGUUGAUUUGUCCAAAGAGAAGCAAUCCACUGCUACCAUUGGAGUGAAUACCAGGAAUCGUAGGUUUUGCUGUCAUUCAGAUACAGAACUGCAAAAAAAAUUAUGUAAAGGUGAUUCAGCAGCAGUGGAUGUUCCAAGGCCGAGCACUCAUCAUGAGGUUCAGAUGAAUAGAAAUGAUUCUAUUAUUAGAUCUCUACGAUCAUGCCCUACCUGUUUCUCUGGUAAUGCUUCUGAGAUGUUAGCAACUAAGACUGACACCAGAGGUGGAAAUGAGUACUGCAAGUGUACAACUUUGGCACAAAGAAUUCCACAUUGUUCCAAAGAGCAGGACAUCACUACCUGCCAUGUUUGUUGGGCUGAUGAGCAUCCAUGUCUGAGGUUUGGAAGAAUCUCAACCUACGGUUCUGGUAGUGCUAAGCAAAUAGUUGAUCAGAAUGAACAAUCUACAUCUUUUUAUGGAAAUUGCUGCUGUUCUGUGCUUCCAAAGAAUUUGACAGGCUGCUGUUGCACAAGAUAUUUUAGCUCGUCCGACUCCAAGAAACAAGACGCUUGUGGGAAAGAUGUAAUUAAGCACAUCACUCAAGCUUGUGAUGAGAUCCACAGGUCUCCAGAUAUGAAAACUAUAGAUUUAUGUGAAUGUACUAAAAAUCAUUUCGUCAUGAGGAAUGACUGCCAGACUGGUCUAUGGAGGGAUGUUCCGACCAAGAAGAUUGGACAUUCUGAUGCUACCUCAGUUGACAAGCCUACGCAGGAACCAAAAGCAUCUGGAAGGACAAGAGAUCAACUUCAAGAAGCUGCUAGUAAAGGUUUUGAAGGAACUCAACAAGUGGAGUCAACUAGUGAGCAACAGAUGUCUAAUGUUUGUUCUGGAUCCUCUGUUCCUGGAGUAACUGAGGUUUCAGUUGAAGUUAAUAAAGUUAAUUAUUGUCUCACAAAUGUGGAGGAUAAUAAGACGUCUUAUGAUUUUGCUGCUGAUGAAGGGUCAGGAGUUGAGAAGUGUGGUUCAUCUGAUGAAGCACUUGAUGUUAGAGAUAGCGGAGAAGAUCCUGCCCUGAAUGGUAAGGUAGACCAAGAUAAAUCUAGGUGCUCUUUACCAAGUCAGAUAUCUGGUGACCUUAUUGAGGAGCUCAGACUAGAGAGUUCAUCUAACAAGAGAAAAGCAAAAAAUCAGAUGCAUGUUCAAUGUAUCGAUCAAGCAAACAUUAAAAAGAGAAAGGUAAAGAAAGCAGAAAAGAGAAAGGAGCAGAUGCACAUGAAUAAACUGGACAUGUUAGUUCCAAAUUCAGAUUUGCAUCCAAUAAAUUCUGAGUUUUCCCAUUGUAUUGGCCACACGGACUUGGGAAUCUCUCCAUAUGAUAAAUGUAAAUCUCCCUCGCAACCUGAAACUGGGAUGCAAAAGUCGAGUGUCAAGCGAAAACGUUCAGUUUUGUACUUAACUGAAUCUGUUUGUUUAAAGACCAAGAGCCAAAGCCAUAAUUUGGAAUUUGAUAAGCUACACUCAGUUGAUGAUAAUCAAUCUCUCGGAACAGAAGCAAUUUCAUCUGGAAUGGAGGAACUAACUGUGCGUAGGCAAAAAGAUUCUGCUAAAGUGGAAGGGAUUCAUUUGAAUUCUGAAAAGCCCCCCAAGUAUAUGUCACUUAGUUGUUUUACACAAUCCGAAAAACAUGAGAAGGAAUUCAUUGAUAAGAAGGUAAGGCCUGUGGUAAAUGGGAAAUCUGGUGUUAUUACAAAUGGAAUGAGUGGUCAGAAAAGACCUCCCAAAUUUGUUUCUCUACGCUUGAUUCUUGAAAAAUCUAAAAGGUGUGAUGUAAGUGAACCUGAAGCAAAAGAUGAAAAGUCAUCUGCCUCAGAGUCCAGAAAAUUGAUCCAUAUGACAAGUAAGCACUGCAAUGAGUUAUCUCGAAAACUACAGUGUGAAAAUGAAGAUUCCAAUCGAAAUGACUCGGAGGCUACAACUGUUCACAUGUUUGGUACCAAUAAGCAAUGUUCCAGCAAAAGUGAUGACCAUAGAGAUAACUGCUCCAUAACUGAGAAUGAGAUAGAUACUGAAGAUAACAGAGAGGAAGAACCUGUUUUACAUCACUGUUAUAAGAUUUCUCAGACAAGACCUAAGUAUAGAGAAGUCCGCAAGUGCAGCCUUAGUAAACUUCUUGAAAAAGAUAAGCCUGCAUCUAGUAAACUUCCUGAAAAAGAUAAGCCUGCAUCAAAGUUUUUCUUUGCACAAAAUCCUGGUGUAAAUUGGAAUUCAGCAGCAAAUGCACCAGUUCAAUGCAAAAUAUUCGCGUCAACUGCAAUGGGUGACUCCGCAGUUGAUACCAGUCUGGGGAGAACUCUGAACACUGAAGAUCAUGCAGGUGAACGGAGUCAAAUCGACACAAGAUCUGGCAAGAUUCAGAAGCACCGACCAUUUGUUUCAAGUUUAGAUAUAUCCUGUUGUGUUUGUGGAAGAUCAAGUAAAGAAGAAUUCAACUGCCUAUUAGAGUGCAAUCGCUGUUUGAUUAGAGUCCAUCAGGCCUGCUAUGGUGUUUCAAAAGUUCCGAAAGGGCAUUGGUUCUGCAGACCAUGCAAAUACAACUCCCAAAACACAGUCUGUGUUUUAUGUGGAUAUGAAGGUGGAGCCAUGACGAAGGCAGUAAAAACUCAGAACAUUGUGAAAAGCUUGCUAAAGGCUUGGAAUUUUGGCACCUUUGUGAAAUCAAUUUCUUCUUCUGAAACAGUAAAGGAUGAAUCUAUUCAAUCGUCUUCUGUUAUUGAAGCAUCCAAAUGCAAGAAUUCUGAUUCAGUUACUGCUGCAAGAUCAACAUGUUCUGUAGUCUUUCCGGGGUCUUCUGUGGAUACGAUUUCCCAGAAUCUGGAUGGUGAUAGGCUGCCAAAAAGAAUGCAACUGCACAACAGUAUAACUGCUGGCAUACUUGAUCCAUCUGUCACACAGUGGGUACAUAUGGUUUGUGGCCUUUGGACCCCAGGUACACGAUGCCCGAAUGUUGACACAAUGAGUUCUUUUGAUGUUUCUGGUGCUUCAGCUGCCACAAAGAGUACUGUGUGCUCCAUAUGUAACCGACCAGGUGGUUGCUGCAUAAGGUGUAGAGUCCGUAAGUGUACUAUAUAUUUUCAUCCAUGGUGUGCUCAUCAGAAGGGUCUUUUGCAAAGUGAGACUGAAGGUGAUGAUAAUGAGAAUCUGGGCUUUUAUGGGAGUUGUGUGUCUCAUGCGGCUCAAGACGGUUUUCCUGUAGAUAGUCAUACUAUGGAUGCUGAAGUAGGUCCAAAAAAGGACUGGUCCUGUGCUCGGGCAGAGGGUUUCAGAGGUCAAAAAAGUGAGGAGAGUUUCAAGCUCUACCACCGGAGGCCCCUAAACAAUGACAACGGCGGAUGCAUUGUGUCCCAAAACCAGAUAAAUGCAUGGCUUCACAUAAAUGGGCAAAAAUCAAUCAUUAAACCAGUAGUAAAACCACCAAGUUCAGAUGUUGAGUAUGAUAUCCGGAAGGAAUAUUUCCGUUACAAACAGUCGAAAACUUGGAAACAUCUGGUUGUUUACAAAUCUGGCAUUCACGCACUUGGUCUUUAUACAUCUCAGUUAAUAGCACGGGGAGCUAUGGUAGUUGAGUAUGUGGGCGAGAUUGUAGGGCUCCGAGUUGCUGACAAAAGAGAAAUUGAAUAUCAGUCAGGUAGAAAAGUACAAUACAAGAGUGCUUGCUACUUUUUUAGGAUUGAUAAGGAGCAUAUAAUUGAUGCAACUCGCAAAGGUGGAAUUGCACGAUUUGUCAAUCAUUCCUGCCAGCCGAACUGUGUUGCCAAAGUAAUAUCAGUCCGGAAUGAGAAGAAGGUUGUUUUCUUCGCUAUGAGGGAUAUAAAUCCUGGGGAGGAGAUUACUUACGACUAUCAUUUCAACAGCGAAGAUGAAGGACAAAAAAUCCCAUGUUAUUGCAAUUCGAAAAAUUGUAGGCGGUAUCUCAAUUAAACCGGGAGUAAUCAAUUGCAGUCCUGCAGCAGCGAAGACAUGCAUUUUCCCCCAAUCCCCGUUGUACAUAGUUUCAUUCUAUUUAAUUUAUCAGAUACUUUUAGCUAUUUAUCGAGCAAAUGUGCCAUGUUUGUGUACGCUGCAUAGUGUCAGUUGUAAUUAGACUGCAUUUAUGGUUUAAAAAAACUGCCCGGGCAAUGAAUGAGCUAUGUUAAUGGUUCCAAAUUUUUUUCA